AGAAUCUUGACUCCUCUUUGUGCUCAAUAUCUAGCUUUCAACUUUUCUUAUUUGCGUAAAGAUUUUCCUUGGAAUGAUUAAUGAUUUGAACCUCACCAAUCACCACUACCACACCAAGUUCUUGCCUUAUUCUCAUGUUUAUGGUUGUUAUGUUAUAGUUGUAGUAGUUGGUGGUUUCAACGCCUCUGACUCUGACUCAUAUUAGUAAAACUUCACUUCCGUAUUCCAAUUCCAUUUGCUUUGUUGGGCUUUGUCAGUUAGCUGUGGAUAAGGAUUCUCUACCAACUAUUACGUCUCUUGAAUAUAUAGUUUGUGGGGUGUUCUUGGUUUCCUUUUGAUCAAUCAAAUGGGUAGUGACGAAGUGUUGAAUCAUUCUCUAAUGGUUUGUGUUCCACUCACAACACAACAAUCUGUUGAGCAGCUUGUGAAUGACAUGCAUCAGGCAAAGGCACAAGGUGCUGAUAUAGUGGAGAUUAGCCUUGACUCUAUCACCAACUUUCACCCUCUUCGUGACCUGAAAAUUAUUCUCACAAAUAAGCCACUGCCUGUGAUUAUUGUUAAUCGGCCGAAAUGGGAAGGUGGUUUAUAUGAGGGUGAUGAGAAUGUGCGGUUGGAAGCAUUACAGCUAGCUGUGGAAUUGGGGGCUGAAUUCGUAGACAUUGAGCUGAAGGCAGCUUCUUGUUUUAUGACCUUGGUGGAACAUAAAAGAAAUCAUAAUAAUUGUGGCAAAAUAAUUGUUUCCUGCUGUGUGGAUGGCAUCACCCCUCCAAAAGAAGAACUCCUUCAACUUGUUGCACUCAUGCAAGCUACUGGAGCAGAUAUCGUCAAACUUGUCACACAUGCAGCUGAUAUAACAGAAAUCACAAGAAUAUUUAGCUUGCUUCCCAUUUUUCAGGUACCAGUGAUUGCCUAUUCUGCUGGAGAAAGAGGAUUAAUAAGCCAGCUUCUGAGUCCAAAAUUUGGUGGUUUCUUUGUCUGUGGAUCAUUGGCUGGAAAUCCAAUUCCUGGACUGCCUUCUCUAGAAGGUCUUCGGGAAGCCUAUAAAUUGGAACAUGUAAAUGCAUAUACUAAAGUUAUUGGGCUCAUCUCAAAACCAGUUGGCCACAGCAAAGGCCCUAUGUUGCAUAAUCCUUCCUUCAGACAUGUAAACUAUAAUGGAAUCUAUGUCCCCAUGUUUGUUGAUGAUCUUAAAGAGUUCUUUAGCACCUAUCCAGGCCCUGACUUUACUGGUUUUAGUGUUGGAAUUCCAUAUAAGGAAGAAGUUGUGAAGUUUUGUGAUGAAGUCCAUCCACUUGCUCAGUCUAUAGGAGCUGUUAAUACUAUUAUAAGGAGACCAAGAGAUGGGAAGCUUGUUGGUUAUAAUACAGAUUGUGAGGGUUCAAUAACUGCAAUUGAGGAUGCACUCAUUGAGCAUGGUUGCAAUGAUGGUGGCUCACCCCUUACUGGACGAUUGUUUGUGCUAGUUGGUGCGGGUGGUGCAGGGAAAGCACUGGGAUUUGGUGCUAAAAGCAGAGGAGCUCGUGUAGUUAUCUUUGACAUUGAUUUUGAAAGAGCAAAAUCUCUUGCUUGUGCUGUACUUGGUGAAGCUAAGCCUUACAAAGAGUUGGUAAAGUUUCAGCCAGAGAAAGGGGCAAUACUUGCAAAUGCAACACCAUUAGGAAUGCAUCCCAACACAGACAGAAUUCCAGUGGCUGAGGCAACUUUGGGAAACUACCAAUUAGUCUUUGAUGCUGUCUAUACACCAAGAAGAACCACAUUACUGAAAGAUGCAGAUGCUGCAGGAGCAAUAACUGUGAGUGGGGUCGAAAUGUUCUUAAGGCAGGCUAUUGCUCAGUUCAAUCUCUUCACAGGUCUACAAGCACCUGAAAAAAUUAUGCGGGAAAUUGUUUUAUCCAAGUUUUGAAGGCGUUGCUUCCAUAAAUUGAUUGUACAAGUUGAGUGAGGGUGCGCCUAUGAAGAAGUUCAUACACAUCUCAUCUCAUAACAUCAUAUUUAAAAGAGAAAUGUACCUCAUUUUUAUUUGGGACUAAAACUGCAAUGCAAUAUACCAAAG